GAUUACAGCACCUCACUCUUAAAACUGAACUGUUCAAUCACGUGUUGUUAUUUCCAGACCAACAGUAAAGCCUUCACUGCCAAGACGUCCUGUGUGCGUCGGCGCUACAGCGAGUUUGUGUGGCUCAAGAAGAAGAUGCAGAAGAACGCUGGGUUGGUGCCGGUCCCAGAUCUUCCAGGGAAAUCCUUCUUCUCCUUCAGUAACGAGGACUUUCUGGAGAGGAGGAGGACGGGACUUCAGGCCUUUCUGGACAAAGUGGUGAACAUGACCGUGUGCCUGUCGGACAGCCAGCUCCACCUCUUCCUGCAGACCCAGCUGCCCGUCGGUCACAUCCAGGACUGCGUUCAGGGCCACACCCCCUACUCCGUGACCGACGCCAUCCUCACCUACGCCUCGUCCAACUGGGGCUGGGCUCAGGCUCAGGAGGACGAUUCCAUCAAGGAGCCAAGUUUGACCGUCUCUUAUGAGUCCAUGGAGAGUCCGGCUCCUCAUCAACCUACAAUCAAUCUACAAACUGCAGAGACGUUCAGGACCGAGCCUGUCUUCUGUGGAGACUCUGACCCUCUGGCAGGUUUACUGGAGCGCCGUGAAAGAGACGAGACGGAGUUACGGCAGGAAUCCUCGAUAAAGUUCUGCCAGGAGAGCGACCAUCUCGAGGCCGUGGUGGAGCGUGACCGCGAACCAGCAGAGGCAACCUUUUAUCUGGGCGACGGACAGGAUGAGCAGAUGAGCUGCCAGAUACAGACACCGGUGGAGGUGCAUUCCCCCGUGGGGCCUGGCUUCGAGAGGGACUGUGAGCUUGAGGAGGAGAGUUCAGAAGAAGAGGAAAGUGUGGACGUUUUAGAAGAAAAGACUGUUUCCUUUUCAGAAAUGGAGGUAAAGACCGAUCAGCUGCACAGCCCUGAGGAGGCAAAUCUAGAAAAUGUGGCCUGUGAGCCAGAACAAUGUAUAGAUUCUGUAGUAACAGUAGAUUUUAAAGACAAUGACUCUGAGAGUGAGAUCAUAGAAAGUAACGGAAGAUCUCAGGAGGAAGUUCUAGAAAACCUCUCUGAGGACGACUUUCAGAAAUCAGACGAGCAGCAGGAGACAGAAGAAAGUUCUGAAUCUGAGAGCGAAGAGGAGACGACGCUUCAGUCAGAAAUCCACGUAGAAGCUGAAGAAGCGAAGAGCGUCCCGGAGGUGGACGGUCGUAGCGCCGCUCAACCGCAAAUGGACCAAGUUGAAGUGGAUUCAGUCGGGACCAAGGAUGAGAGCGACGAGGACACGCGCUCGCUGCCGUCCUCCAACGAGAGCAUCGUCAAGGUCAGCGACGAGGAAAGCGUUUGCGAUGAGACGGACGAGUCCAUCGAGGCCGUGAACGGCUUCGCGAAGAUGUCGGACGUAGACGCCUCCAGCCAGAACAUUCUGGACCUGCAGCUCAACGGAUUCCCCGUGGAAAAAAAAGACGACCUGCGGUAUCUGACGGCUCUGGACGUGAACUCAACCGCAGCCGGUGGAGACUUGACUGAAAGCGGAGACUUCAGCGUCUUGGAGAGCAGCUGCGUCCCCGGAGCAGCCGAGGGUAAAUGUGCGGAGGAGGAGACUCGGUCCUCGGUGUCUCUGGAAGCCGCCGAGGAAACUCAUGAGGUGCAAGUUUAACGACGACGGCCGCGGUCGGCUCCAUUAAAAAAAA